GAAUAUUUGAAAAUGUCAAGCCCACGUUGGACAGCCGAUAAAAAUAUAAAAUUUAUCAAUGAAUACCAGCGAAAAGAGUGUCUCUGGGAUCCGAAACAUCCACAAUACAAAAAUAGAUACGCCCGUGAAGCUGCUUACAAAAAGAUCAUGGAAGUCAUGCAGAUGGAACAUGUCAAAGACGUAAUUGGGAGAAUACGAAUAUUACGUAAUACUUUUAAUAAUGAAACAUUGAAGGCGAAAAAAUGUAGUGCUACGGGUAUGCCAAUAUAUGUCUCUAAAAUACCAUGGUUAUCGCACAUGGAUUUUCUAAAAAAUAUUGAUGGUCACACUAGAGAAUACACAAACACGGAAAAUGUGACAUCAAACUUUAUAAAAGAAGCUUCUGAUUCAGAACCCGAGACAGAAGAGAUCACUGUACCAACAAAUAAAGGGAAAACAACGGAUCCACUUCUAUUGAAUGCUGUUGAAGUUGAUAUAUUAGAAAAAUUCACUCCCCAACGUCUGUCUUAUGCUGGUAAUGACGAAUUUGAUCUCUUUGGACAAACUAUAGCUCAACAGCUACGUCAGAUGCCUCUAGAAUGUGCUCUAGAAACAGAAGAAAUGAUUUUGGCUACAAUAAGAAGGCAGCGAGUGGGAGCAGCCAGAUUGAUACAGCCAUCUCAAGCGUCAUCAUUGGAAUCUACAUCAAGUUGUUUCACCUCGGUAGUAAAAGAAGAAGAGUAUUCCAAUGGAUACAAUAAUGACCAGCACGCAUUAAUGAGCAGCAGAUAUAGGGAGAUAAAUUAAUUUUAAUAAAUAUUUAAUUAAUCUGUAAAUUUGUUUUUUUUUGUUUCUCAAAAAAUAUUAAUUUAAACAUUAAUACUAUUUUUAUUGAAAUUAAGCAGUUUCACAGGUAAGGUCAAGAAACAUUAGGUAA